AUGUCAGAGGAGUCAACUAUACAAUUCAAAUAUCAGAAAUUUUUCGGAAAUAUGCAGUUGCCACCUUUACGUGGCGUAAAAGAAUUCUUUUUUGAUAUGUCACGAUUCGGAAUACCACCUUUUUUUGAUCUACCAAAAUGGAACAAUCGCAUGUUAACUAAUUUGCUGUAUUAUCAAACAAAUUAUUUUGCCAUUAUGCUCGGUUUCAUAUUGAUCGGUGCUUCAUUACAGUUGUGGGAUAUUAUCAUUGGUUUAAUUGCAAUCUCAUGCGUAGCUGUCGUAUUCAUUCUUUCUUUUUCAUCCAGUCAUACAUUCGUACAGACUCGCCGUAAACAUGCGUUCCUCUUAUUGGGAGCUUUUUUAUUAUCCUUUUACUUAUUUAUUCAUGCUAUAAUGCCUGUUGUGACUGUACUCUUUACGCUCUCACUUCCUUCGUUGCUGGUAUUAGUACAUGCAUCUAUUAGACGUAGGAAUUUAAAAGCUAAAGUUACUCAUCAGCUAGAGCGAAUGGGUUUGAAGAACACUUUCAUGGCAUACAUGCUGGAACAAGCUGGUAUUGAAAUGAUUGCACCAAAUAUGCCUGGCUCAGUCUUCCAAUUGGUCUACGGGCAUUUCCUCCAGAAAUCGCUUUUGGACGAGACGGAUGUGGAUAUUAUAGAGGAAUAUUAUGUUGCAACUCCCAAAGAAUCACUACCUCUCAAAUUUAUUGUCUGCGUUUCGAUAGUACUUGCUGCUAUUGCUGGUGGCUAUUCAGUUUCAUAUUUAAAAAUCAUCCUUUUGGUCUCUCCUAUAUUUAUUAUUGGUUUUUGGAAACUUGUAGAAUGGCUUUGUUAUUAUAUCGUAUAUUCCUUCACAGUGGUAUCUUUUGAUUAUGAUUCUACUGUUCAUCGUAUUGUUGCUGCCAUUCGAUCCAGGGAAAUAGCCUUUUUUGGAUUACGGCACAAAUGUGAUAUAAAUGCAACGGUUUGUUUGCGGUCCAUUCGGGUUGAAUUAUUGCGAAUACUCCGUCAAGUAAUUCGAAAUUACAUACACGCGUCCAAAAAAUUAUGCAAGUUUGAUGAAUCUGAGAAGUUAUUAUCUGAAAUGUUUUCUCCAGAGAUGUCACGGUUGGUUUUAGAAAAUGAUGUAUGUGAUGAUUUUCUUCAACUAUCAACAUUUAAGGAAUUAUGGCAGCUGAUCUGUCUUUUACGUAGUGAAUAUCUUCGGCUUUUCCUAUUUCAUUUAUCUCGACCCUCACGCACGCUGGUAUUUGUAUAUUUUGAUCUGCUUAUGAAAAUACUCUUUGUCAAGAACUGUAAAACCAGGCUUUUACUUGACCUUGAUUUUAUAAAUCAUCGGGGUUACCGUACAGAAGAAAAGAAAGUUAGAAACUAUACAAAAACAGUGUCUACCACUGAAGACAUUCUGAUGCACCUGAGCUUCGCCUCAGAAAUCUUGACUGGAGAUGAAUUACUCGAGCCAGAAAAAUUCGAGUAUGUUCGUGAAAUACUGAAAAAAGCAGUUGAGCUUUUGACGCCUGAAAAAGCAGUAAAACCUGAUCUAAAACGCUUGAGCAUGUCAUCAACAUCAUCAAUAUCUGAAUCUGUGAAUGAUACUUCAUCAGCCGAAAAUUUAUCACGUGAAGAGAUUUAUGAAGGAUUUCCUGUUAUUUCGGAUGGUGAACAAAAUAAUCAUUCCUAUAUUUGGCAAGAAAAUAAUGGAAAUGACGCAACAGCGAAAUCAGUAGUUACGGAAUUAAAAGCACGUCUUGUUGAACGUGAUAAAAGAAAAGCGAAGUCAGAAACAGUGCAGAAUGGUGAAGUUGAAAGAAUGGCAUUGGUUAAAAGCGAAUCAGAAGAAAGCCCGUCAGUUAAUAAAAAUUAUGAUAUCACACAUUUAGUUCAAAAUACUAUUGAUCAAAAUUAUUUGACUACUUCUACUAAAAAUACUAUUGCUUCAAUUUCAACAAACUACGACGUAUCUCGAUCAUGUGUAGAAAUGGAUUUAAGAAAAGCACUCAUAUUAAGAAAAUCAGCGCCCAGCACUAUUUUUUUGGAUGAUCCUGAAAGUAAGUAA